UUCGAACGGUUGCUAGAGAAACGAAACAAAACGUUGCAGCUGAAAAUUUACGAAGCGUCAGAAAUAUUUAAGUGAACUAAUAAUGUCCUCGUUAUUACCAAUUUUGCUAGAAGAACUGGUCCAUCCUACAAGAAUAUUAGAUCAGCACUUUGGACUGACUUUAGAUCCUAACGACUUAUAUUCACCAGUAACGCUACCGAGAGAUUUGAGGCUAGCUUCGCUUUAUCCCAGGAGCUACCUGAGACCCUGGAGAACCAGCACUUCAGCACAAGAUGUAGGUUCUACCGUUCAGAUGGAUAAAGAAAAAUUCCAGGCCAAUUUAGAUGUGCAGCAAUUCAAACCAGAAGAGUUAACAGUUCGCGUUGACUCCGACAAUACGGUUAUCAUCGAAGGAAAACAUGAGGAAAAGCAGGAUGAGCAUGGACUCAUAUUUCGUCAUUUCAUAAGGAAAUACACCAUACCCAAAACUUGUGACAUCACGAAACUCGAAUCACGCCUUUCUUCAGAUGGCGUGCUGUCAAUCUUGGCGCCAAAAAUGCAAGAGAAUGCGAAAGAAAUCAACAUACCAAUUACCCAGACUGGAAAACCUGCGAAAACUGAUACCUGUAAGAAAAGUGAACCAUCAGGUGCUGGGGACAAUAAGGCUGAGGGCUGAUUCUUUUCUGUUGUACAACUUGUU